AUGGAGCUAGGUGAUAUCUAUGCGUGGUCCGCCAACAGGGCUAAAACGUUUUGCACCCACGACCCUAACGGACUCAAACGGCCUCAGGUCGUGUCCGAGCUCAAACCCGUCGGAGUUGUCGAUAGUCAGGGCACCCUUAUCGGCAUCCGAUUCCAGAACUUCUUCGGGGACGAUACCAAUGUCAUCGCUCAGUCCGAGAUUGGUCCCAAAUUCCGCAUCUACCAAGGCCCCAAGGAAGGAUUGCUUCCUGUCAUUGAAUCCGCCAAUCUUGAUGGCGCUCCCGACAGAGUUUGUGGCAUCAACAUGCCUGUUCUCUCCAAAGAAUUCAUGAUGAAUCUGCCCAGCGAUUGCCGCAAGGUUGGAAUGCGACUCCGAGAAGCCCAGCGAGGUGAACCCAACGAGUAUACUCCUAUCAAACUUCGAAAGGGUGAUUCGGAGCGAGCCGUCAUCAUCGCGCCUGGCAAUCCGAAACCGGGUCUCGGUUGGAAGCUAAACAACAUGCCAAACCUAAUCCUGGAGGAAGUGUCUGCUGGACGUUCAUCUGCUAAACUUGUGCGAAUGUUGUUGGCGGCUGAGUCAACUCCUAUGGAAUGCGUCCUGUCUUGA